GGCAAUGGCCGGAAAAAUGACGAAGGUGGUGGCUUACACCAUAGCCGCCGCCUUCGUCAUCCUCCUACUCUCACAGGAUCAUAAUAAGCUAUUUCGCAAGGAUUACAGCCCCCGCGGGCUGAGCCGCCGUCUCGGCACCCAGGGGACGGCUCCCCCCAUUUUCGACCCCAUCGUUGCCCGGAGGAAAGGAUUGGCGAAUCCUGAGAAAUCCGACGACGAUGAUCGUUACUUUAAUGAUAAAGGCAGGUUGGACACUGGGCUAAGGUUGAUGGUGUUGUUCCCCAUUUUAGACAGAGAUCCCUGCGACGGAUUCGUGGAUGUUAAGGAACUCGAAUACUGGAACACCCAACAGGCCAUUAACCGCCUGAAUUAUAGGACGCAGAGAGCAUUGUCGUUGCGCGACAAGGAUGGCGAUGGAUCCAUUUCGUUCUCUGAAUACUUCCCUCAAUUCACAGAUGAAGAUAUAGAGAGAAACGAAACUGGGCAUGGAGACGCCGGAUGGUGGAUGAUACAGUUCAAGAACGCUGAUGUUGAUCGGAAUGGAACUCUCAACCUUUACGAAUUCAGAGAUUUUCUCCAUCCAGAAGACAGCAGAAACGACAACAUUAGGAGAUGGUUGUUGACGGAGAAGUUAAGGCAGAUGGAUGUUAACAAAGAUCAAAAGCUCUCUCUGCUGGAAUUUGAGAGAGGAGCUUAUGAAACCUACAAGACUUACAAGGAAUUCGAAACCAGUGGCAUAGAUGUGCCCUCGGUCGAAGAAACAUUCACACUCCUCGACGCUGACAAGGACAGUUUUUUGAGAGUGGAAGAAUUGAAACCCAUAUUUCAUUACUUGGACCCCGGAGAGUUGUCAUAUGCUAGAUAUUACACCACCUAUCUCAUCCGGGAGGCCGAUGACAACAAUGAUGGAAAGCUAACACUAGACGAGAUGAUGAAUCAUGAUACCUUGUUCUAUGAUACCAUCUAUGACAAUGAGAAGGACGAGGACGAUAUAUACCAUGAUGAGCUUUGAUCUUCAUUGGAGAAUACAAUCUCAAUCUUGUGCUAGUACGUUCUUCCAUAGUUGUUCAGACAGGCUACUGCAGGCAGGCCAAGCAGGAUCUAUCGGAGGAGGAAAUGUUGUUUCUUUCUGCAUGCAUAUGUUCUUGGUGCUUGUAUUGUCUAAUAGCUCGAGUAUACUAAAACCAUACUGAUAGAAUAGGAGAGAAGGGUGGAGGAAGAGGGCUUGUACAGGGAAAGUGGAGAGGGAUGGGACCUGCUGGGUUACGUUGUUGGGUUGAAGAAAGAAAUCCUCAACAAACUUCAGUUUUUCUUGUUUAUGUUACUUUUAGAAUUUAAUUUUGUCAGGACCAAAUUGUAGAGGGAGCAUGCUUUAGU